AUGACGAAGUACGAGGAGGAGGUGACCAACCUGUCGAAGGUGGACUUGGCCACGGGCUCUGGGAAGAAGGACAAGGACACUUUCAAGAGCCUCUUCCAGCAGUACAACCAGGCGACGCACCAGAAGUUCCGCCUCGCCGCCGCGCUGAUCAGCGUGAAUUGCUGGUGGGCUGCCAACAGGGUGCUGCUGCACCUCCGGGCCGUCUGCAAGCCCUGCCUCAACCACUACGUGCGGGAGGCGCUGUGCGACCUGCUGAAGUGGAUGAUAGCGCCGCUUCUGGUCUCCACGCAGAAGCGGCUGCCCCACCAGACCAAGGCGACCCUGGAGACCACGUACGGGGCCGAGCGGCGCUUCGGCCUCGGCCUGGAGGCCAGCGAGAAGGAGGGCGCCGGCGACGGGGGCGACGCCCCGGCGGCGCUGCGGCAGGUGAAGGACCUCGACCAGUUCAUCCCGCAGGCCAAGGUCGUGCUGGAGCACCUCGAGUAUCAGAGAGGGCUUUCGCCGCUCCGCUCGGACAUCCAGGGUACCCGCGUGGGCGGCCUCUCUCUCUCCUUUUGUGUGCAGGUGAUGGGCGCCUUCGUGAGGCACCGCGAGAAGGCGGAGAAGGCGGAGAAGCCAGAGAAGAAGGGGAAGGUCGUGCUGGAGAACGGGGCCCUCUCCGUGAUCUACACGCACCUUCUGCCCGCCGCCUCGCUCGCAGCGGUCUCCAUGUCGCCUUGCGGCCACACGGAGGGCCGCGACAGUCUCGGGCUGUUGGCUCCACUGGCACGCGAGACACAGUUGGACCUCGACAGCACCGACCUGGACCAAUCCGCACACCAGUUCGUGGAGGAGCAAGACGCCGAGAAGACCUUCGAGGCGAAGGCGCAGCAGGAUAACACCCUGACCAACGAGAAGGAUUCUGACAUCCAGGCGUUCCUCUUCAACUCCCACCGGGUGGCCCCACCGCCUUCGUGGCCGCCCGCGGCUCCGCAUCUCACCACGCAGUUCGACAUGGGAAUAGGCCAGAAGGAUUUGCGGCCGAAUUCGCUGGAGGUGAGCGGGAGUCCGGGUGUCGCUUUCCCGCAGGGUACACCUGCAGCGUUCCAAUCAAGUGCUGGCAAUCUUCAAGCUCAACUGCUUGCGCACGCCAAUGCCGUUAUGGGCACCUUCAAUCGCGCUGCUUCGACAUCGCUCGCCGCCUCCGUCGACCAGCUCCGAGAUUCCACCAACCGCAGGCUGGGCGCCACCGAGUUUGCCGUCGCAGUCCUUCGCCAACGUGCUAUCCACUCCGAGGGAGCUCCGAGAAAACUGCAGCUUCCGCUGCUGAGAUCCAACGUCAGCUCGUCGCCGCGGAAGCCCAGCUACCUGCGAUCGUUCCAGCGGAACCUCAUCUACAGCUGCUGGGACACCAUGUACGACGGCUUCCUGCUGAAGUUCGCGUACGAGAAGACGAAGGUCGCCACGAAGCAGAUCCUGAAGCGCGUCGUGGCGAACGCCGACCGCAAGGACCUGAUCGCGCACCAGGCCCACUUCCACAUCAGCAAGCUCUGCUCAUCGAACCCGAUCCCCGUCCUCGAGGUGAUGCUCAAGGACGUGGAGAUCGGCUUCAACGUCAACAUGCUCCAGCCGUAUGUGGAGUGCACGACGCGCUGCUCGGAGCUGACCGCGGACGUGAUGAGUUUCAUCUUCUCCAGAAGCUGCAACCGGCCGCUGACGGAAGCGAGGUUCGAGGUCCUGCGCAAUGUUUGGGGCGACUCCGCGAGGCCCUUCGUCGCCACGGCGUGCCCGGUGGUGGCCAUCCUGCGCGGGGUGGAGGCGGCGGAGGCCGUGCCCGUGGCGCGGGCGUUGGUGGCGGCGGGCGUGCGCAUCGUGGAGGACGUGCGGGCCGUCGCUGGUGCGGGCGGCACGCUGGUCGUGAGCCCCAACAUGGACGAGUCGGUGAUACGCGCAACGAAGGCCCUGGGCCUCGUCAGCGUGCCCGGCGUCGCGACGCCCACGGAGGCGCUGGCCGCGCUGCGCUACGGCGCGGACGCGCUGAAGGCCUUCCCUGGGGAGCAGCUGCCGCCGAGGAUCGUCAAGGCUUGGAGCGCCAUACUUCCCAAGGGCACAUGCGUGCUGCCCACCGGGGGCGUCAGCGCGGAGAACAUGGGCGAGUAUUGGGCCGCCGGUGCGAGGGGCUUUGGCGUGGGCACCAACCUCUUCAAGCCCGGGGACUCCGUGGACGAGGUUGCGGACGAAGCGUCAUACUUUCGUGGCAUCGCUCUCCGCCGCCCGCGAGGGCCCCCUCGCGGGCGGCGGCCCCCGCCGUCGAGGCGCCCGCCGCGAAGCGCCCCCGCCCGGCCGCGGAGGAGCCCGCCGAGGAGCCCGCCGAGGAGCCGAGGCCGGCCGCCUUCUGGCGCGCGCGCUGAGGGCAGCGCGCGCGCGCGUCGCCGCGCCGCUCGGGCGCGGCUGCGCCCGAGCGGGCGAGCCUCCUCCGGG